GGGGACCGGAAGUUGUUUUUUCGCCCCCCGCCCAGGGGCCGGAUCGCAUCUUCGUCGGUUUUGGUUCCCGGUCCUGUCAGACGCUCUAGUUCAGCCCGGGGGCUUGGUGGCCCUGGGGUGCGUUCGCCCCGGAACCAGGCUCACUGCAGUAACAGUCUUCGGGAAGCUGAUUGAAUUCCUCGUCUCCUAGCAACGAGGAACGAGAGGCGGACUGAAGGAGCGGCCGUGCAGGCCAAACUGCUCAGGCACUAGCAGGAACCCCUGAGCCCGUCCCAAACGGGAGCCGAAAGUCGGUGCUUGGAAGAAUAAGCAGGAAAUGGCGGACGAGGCGUUGUUUUUGCUUCUGCAUAACGAGAUGGUGUCUGGAGUGUACAAGUCCGCGGAGCAGGGGGAGGUGGAAAAUGGACGCUGUAUUACUAAGCUGGAAAACAUGGGGUUUCGAGUGGGACAAGGAUUGAUAGAAAGGUUUACAAAAGAUACUGCAAGGUUCAAGGAUGAGUUAGAUAUCAUGAAGUUCAUUUGUAAAGAUUUUUGGACUACAGUAUUCAAGAAACAAAUCGACAACCUAAGGACAAAUCAUCAGGGCAUCUAUGUACUUCAGGACAACAAAUUUCGCCUGCUUACUCAAAUGUCUGCAGGAAAACAGUAUUUAGAACAUGCAUCUAAGUAUUUAGCAUUUACAUGUGGCUUAAUCAGAGGUGGCUUAUCAAACUUGGGGAUAAAAAGUAUUGUAACAGCUGAAGUAUCUUCAAUGCCUGCCUGUAAAUUUCAAGUGAUGAUACAGAAGCUGUAGAACUCACUGAAAUGCAAAGCUUCAACAGUGUAAAGAGAUAAAUUAUUCCUAUAUAAAGUAUUGCAAGUACCAAUGAUUUAAUUACAUUGUCAGACAUUUGUAUUAAUAUAAGCUAUUUGCUAACUUAUAUAAUGAAAGAUGCACUCUUAAGCGGGAGUAAGGGUGUAUUUUAUCAAUGUAACACAGACCUUAAAGCAGGUAAAGAGCUAUUUUACCAUAACAUACUUUACUGAAAUUGUUCAGAACGGAAACCUGAUUGCAAAUAACUAGACACCAAUGUAGAACCCUUAUUAAACAUUAUUUGCUUAGAGUGAUUAUGUAUUUAAUCAGAGACUGAAAAGCAAAACUCAGGGUUUGGUAAAUUAGCAUAAAGAAAAGAAUGCACCAAUCAUAAUCUUUUGUGUAAAAAUGAAAAGACUUUGGUUUUAUGAAUUUGUUUUAGUUAUUUAAAAAAGCAAGUAGUACACUAAAUUAAACUUAUUAUUUUAUUGCUUAUAAUUUAUUAAGAAUUUUUAUGCAUGUAUAAGGAUUUCAUUAUAUACAUUAUGUGUCAUUUGUGAUAUGUAUAUCAUAUCUGACUGCCUAAAUUGCUUAAAAGCUUUAUUUCACUUCAGUAGAAUUCAAUUCCUGAGAGCACCAUAAUUGUAAUAAAGUGAAAUCUAGAUAUAAAGUGAGAUACAGAUGUAAAUUCAAUAACUCCAGGGCCAAAGAAUAUUAGGUAUUUUAGGAAGGAAUUUUUAUACUUACUCCUGUUACAGUCUUCACUUUGAAUUUCUCUCUCCUCUUGUGGAAGUGCUGGUGAAUGUUACUUUAUGUUUAUUCCCUUAUUUACUCUUUCUCAAUGGGAGAGGAAAUGGAUUAGUCACACCAACAUUCUUGGUGUGACCCACUAAGAAGACCAUUAUCUUCUCAGUGGGUUGGGGUCAGUGCUCAUCUAGUGUAUCUCUCAUCUCCUCUUCUAUAUGGUGACCACGAAAGGUCAAGCAUGAAGAUGACACACUGAGGAUAGCAGGAUGCACAGAUUGAAGGCACCUGAACUGUGCUUCUGAAUUAACCAAUGCUCAAACUGCUUUACCUUUGGACUUUUUGUUGUAUAAUAAAUUCCUUAUAUUGUUCAAACUA